GCGGCCCCGCUCCGCGGCUGCGGGGGCAGCGGGUGGGGACGGACCGCUUGCGGGAUCGGGAGCGUUUGACAUGGCAGCCCAUCAGGAGAAAAAGCCUUCUGAAGAAAGAAAACGCAGAACUGCCCAAAAUGAUACUGGAACAGCUCAAGUCCAGUGGGGAAGAGCAUGGGAAGUGGAUUGGUUUUCCUUGGCAAGCAUCCUUUUCCUCCUCAUGUUUGCACCACUUAUCGUGUAUUACUUCAUCAUGUCCUGUGACCAGUACCAGUGCUCACUGAUUGAUCCACUCGUUGACUUGUUCACGGGAAAGAAACAUCUGUCUGACAUCUGGGACAAGACUCCUACGCUGACCUAUAGGGCUGCUGGCAUCUAUGCCCUUUGGGUCGCUUUCCAGGUGGUUUUAUAUGUAUUCCUUCCUGACUUCUGCCAUAAAUUUCUUCCUGGCUAUGUAGGAGGUGUACAAGAAGGUGCUGUCACCCCUGCUGGUGUAGUGAAUAAGUAUCAAAUUAAUGGUCUUCAGGCUUGGAUCAUUACCCAUGUGCUUUGGUUUGCAAAUGCCUAUUACUUCCACUUCUUCUCACCUACCAUCAUUUUUGACAACUGGAUUCCUCUCCUAUGGUGUGCCAAUAUCCUGGGAUAUGCAGUUUCCACAUUUGCAAUGAUUAAAAGCUACGUUUUCCCUACCAAUGCCAAAGACUGCAAAUUCACUGGCAACUUCUUUUACGACUACAUGAUGGGAAUUGAAUUUAAUCCUCGGAUAGGAAAGUGGUUCGAUUUCAAGCUGUUCUUCAAUGGGCGCCCUGGUAUUGUAGCCUGGACUCUAAUUAACCUUUCCUAUGCUGCUAAACAACAGGAGCUGUAUGGUCAAGUAACCAACUCUAUGAUCCUUGUCAACGUCCUUCAGGGUAUUUAUGUUUUGGACUUCUUUUGGAAUGAAGCCUGGUAUUUGAAAACCAUUGAUAUUUCCCAUGAUCAUUUUGGAUGGUAUUUGGGCUGGGGAGACUGUGUUUGGUUGCCUUACCUCUAUACUUUACAGGGUUUGUAUUUGGUUUACCACCCUGUCCAGCUGGGCAUGGCUAAUGCCAUAGGGAUCUUGAUGUUGGGCUUGAUUGGCUAUUACAUCUUCAGAAUGACCAACCAUCAGAAGGACCUCUUCCGUCGUACAAAUGGCAACUGCAAGAUUUGGGGGAAGAAACCAGAGUAUAUUGAGUGCUCCUACAUGUCUGUGGAUGGGACCAAGUACUACAGCAAGCUGUUGACCUCAGGAUUCUGGGGGUGGGCACGCCACUUUAACUACACAGGAGAUUUGAUGGGCUCCUUGGCCUAUUGCUUGGCUUGUGAGUUUGAACACAUCUUGCCUUACUUCUACAUCGUUUACAUGACUAUUCUGCUAACUCACCGUUGUAUUAGGGAUGAACACCGCUGUUUCAGCAAAUAUGGGAAGGACUGGAAGCGCUACACUGCUGCAGUGCCUUACCGGCUCAUCCCAGGAAUAUUUUAAGGCUAACACAGAACUCAGUGGAAAGAAAAAAGAAAGUUUUUGGGGAGGUGAAGAGAGUUUAUCCACAUAGUUAAACUAGCCAAAACACAUGGUGAAAGACACUCAUCCUCUUCUGAAAGAUGCUUGGUGAACAAUGUUCAUACUGUUCUGAAGGAGGAAAGGAGGCUGGACAAUAAUCCUUGCUGUAUUGAAGGAAAGUGCAUGCAGACUGUAUUUAAAAGUAAAUUAAAUGAAGCACUGUAAUGUCCUCGGUUUUUGAAGAUGCUUUUACGUGGCACUUCCCUCCCCAACCCAUCUCAAAAUAAACUUGGAAUUGAAGAAAAGUUGCAUAUAAUGAGACUCCCAAACUCUCCCAAAGCUGGGAGAAGUAGCAGCAUUCUGGAACCAGUUUCCAGUGACUUCGGAAAGAAGGAAAAUAGCUGUGUGAUCUGUUCAUGAAAUAAUUUGUAUGAUGCAACCUGAUCUGGUGGAAGGUGUCCCUGCCCAUGGCAGGGGGUUGGAACAGGAUGAUCUUUAAGGUCCCUUCCAACCUGAACCAUUAGAUGAUUCUAUGAUUUUAUGAUGUGGUUGCUUGUGACAGUCAUAACCUGCAGUUAGUAACUCUCGAAAGGAGGUGUCUUUGUUUCUUUUCAAGAGUUUAAUUGGAGAAAUACUCAACUGGGGAAUCUGAUCCUAAGCUAGUGUGUGGGAAGAUAGUUGUAAUCUAAUAUGAAAGUUUGUGAAAGCUGGUAGAAAUUGAUAUAGCUCAAAAGUUAACAUUAGUUUACAGCACCUGAGAAUAUGGUGCAUGACCAGCUGCGUGUGAUUUUGAUACUGAAACCAAUACUUUCUUUGUGAAGAUACUGAGCAUACAUUCAUUUUAGUGUGGAUAGAAAACUUUGUUCUCUAUCAUUUGUAUAAAAUCAUGUUUGUAAAAAUUGAAGAAAUAAAUUCUUAAAUUCUCA